GCCCACUCUUUCUAUAAAAGAGGCUUUUCUCUGAAGCAAAACUCAGUUUGAACUGAAAUAGACGAAGAGACGCAACAGCAGUUGGAGGUACAGAGUCUCCAUUCGCGAUUGGGAUUAAAAAGAAGCAAAACGGUGCCAUUGUGGUGGUCAAAAGAUGGGAGCAGGUUCUAUAGGAUGGUAACCAAUAGCGCUGCAGAGGGCAAGCACCACUUGUCAGGCUCCUUGAGCUCAGAACCUCCUGAGUUGGAGCCUCUUCAGCAGCGGGUCGCUCCGAAACCCAAGCAUAGGUCUACCUCGGCAUCAUGCAGGUACAGGACCCACUUCCCAACGUUCAACUGCAAAGAGGACUGCAGGAUCAUCACAGACACGGCAGCCCAGCUGGAGCUCAGCGGCUUCUACUGGGGCCCUCUGGGAGUGGAGGAGGCCCACCGCAUGUUAAAGGAUGCCCCAAAGGGCAGCUACCUCAUCCGCGACAGCCGGCAGAAGGAUGUCUUCUUCACGCUGUCCUAUCACGCCAAGGGCGGGCCGGUCAGUGUACGCAUCGACUACAAGCGGCAAAAAUUUUCACUUUCGGGCAACGAGCGCACUUUCCCGACUCUCUUCGACCUCUUGGAGCAUUAUACCAACUCCCCCAAGAGGACCCUAAGGGUCCCGUACAGGAAAUGGGAGCCCACGCUGCAGGAACUCUGCAGGAGACGCAUCAUGGAGCUCUGCGGCGGAGGGAAGCAGGUUUCAGAGCUGCCCCUCACCAACAUCGCCCAAGGCUUCCUGUUGGAAUUCCCUUACAAGUUAUGAUACGGUUAUGCAUUCAUUUGACAUUCACCGUUUCAUUCGGAGGCUCCCACCUACUGGCCAUGUUUGGCACUGCACCGUCUUUCAUCGACUCCACUUUACUGCGAACAGACUUUAUUCCAUUCAUAACAACACGUGAAGACAUUCACUCCAGAGAUGGUGAGGUGGACAAGGACUGUUUGUGGCGCACAAGUAAAAUGAGCAUUAUAAUAAAAACAACAGUGCACAAUGUCCUCAGCACUUCUUGGAAUACGAGUGUAUGGAAGUUGGUGCGUUUGAAAGCAAGUGCUGCCAUCACGUGAUUAAAUUAUUCUGUAACCUACUUCAAUACUCUAAUGUUAUUGUUAAUGCAGAUAAAUGGUACAGUGACAGUCUCUAGUUCAGCUAUGUCUGCUGUGCAGAUACAUUUGUGAAAACUAUUAUAAUAAAUAUU